AUGAAACUUCUGAAUUUUCUCAAUUUGUUGGUAGUUUUUGGUGCUGGGGUUUACGGGGCUCCCGAGUCUCAUAUCAUUGGGGGGACGAAGGCCGACAAGGGGGAGUGGCCUUGGCAACUGGCGUUGUAUGUCGGUACCAGUUUCAAUUGUGGGGGCUCCAUUGUUGCCGGAACGUGGGGCGUCACGGCUGCCCAUUGUGUUGGAAGGACCCCAUCAUCGUACAAGAUUAUUGCAGGGACUAACGUGAACAAAUUUUACUGUACUGAUUGCGUCCAGAGAACUUUGAAAAACGCUACAAGGCACCCGAACUACAGCGGAAACAGUGAUUUUGGAUACCCUAAUGAUAUCGCCUACAUUGCAUGGUCGGAGACAAUCAAUGAAACCAGUUCAGCAAACAUGACCAUCAAAUACAUCGAGAGAACCAAGUUAUCUGACCACAUCGGCAAGAACUGCUACAUCACCGGUUGGGGCAGAACGAGAGACGGUGGACCUUUGCCGGUAGAUCUCCAGGAGGCAAAGAUGAACGUUAUAACCACGUCAGAGUGUCAGACGAAGUGGGGCAACCGAAUAACAGACAAACAUAUCUGCCUAUUCGAUCUCGAAGAUUUUUCAUCUGGCGGUUGUAAUGGAGACUCGGGUGGACCACUUGUUUGUGAGGAGUCGCCGAAAAAGUGGAAACUGGUUGGUGCAACGUCGUGGGGGUCAUCCAGCUGCCUCACCACAAUGCCAUCAGUUUACACCAGAAUUUAUGCCUACAACGACUGGCUUGACUCCCAGGCCUACCCUAAAUAUUAA